AUGCAGAAGGAAGCUCUUAGCGCAGGAUUUUCACUCACACUUACACAUGAGGGAAAAGAAGAAGCUGCAGCUCUGAGGGUGCCCCAAGAGCCCCCUGACCUCUACCCCCAUCAGUGGGAAUGCUCAGGAGAGCAAGACAGCAGCUUGCAGAUGCGCACGCCUCAUCUUGUGGCCUCACGGGGGACUUUGGAGGCAUUUCUAGCUGCAGGGGGUAAUGACUGGGGGAAGAAAACUGAAGUGAUGGCUUCAGAAGUGGCACGGAAAGAACGCCAGUUCAGAAUGAAGAAGCAGAGCAAAUCUUGUGUCCGUAAGGAUGAAAAAAAGAUAAACGAGAGAGCAGAAGCAAACAAUGUAGGGUGUAAGGAAAACCGGAAAGGAGAGCCCAAGAAAACAGUUCGAGGCAACGCCCAAGACGUCACUGGCCAAGAGGAAGUGCAGGAGGAGGAGGCCGACGGAGGAAGUGGCAGCAGCAGCUGGUGCACAGCUUGGGUCCAGUGUUCUCACCCAAACUGCGAGAAGUGGCGGAAGCUCAGCCGUGACGUGGACCCAUCAGCCCUGCCAGAGGACUGGACAUGUAGCCAGAACCCGGAUCUUCAGUACAGCAGCUGCAGCGUUCCUGAGGAGACAUGGUCGGGCUCUGAAAAUGAAGUGGUCUAUGCCAUUUAUUUUCCAGGAUCAAUUGUAUGGGCCAAGCAAUAUGGAUACGCCUGGUGGCCAGGGAUCAUAGAAGCUGACCCUGACAUUGAAGAGUACUUCCUGUUUUCUUCCCAGGCGGACUCGCUUCCUUCCAAGUACCACGUGACCUUCUUCGGUAACUCCGUGACCCGCGCUUGGAUCUCUGCCUCCCUGCUGAAGAACUUUGGUGAACCACCUAAGGAGGGAAAUGCCUUGGCCAAGCUCAGGAACAAAUGUGAAAAGGAGAAUCUCAAAGCUGCUCUGGAGAUGGCAAAGGAAGCAGAACAAAUAGGCAUUCAGGAGAGAAUAAGGAGGUUCGGGUUCCACAGCCGAUUCAAAGACAAAGAAUCUCCCAAAGACUACAAAACCCUGAAAGAUCGUAAUAACGUGACCUCCAGGCCUUGGGCCAAAAGGACUCAAGAAACAAAGGGUGGGGAAAAGAACGCUGCAGCCUCAAGCAAGCAUCAAGAAAAGCUUCUUCAUGAAAUAUCAGUAGUGAAACCCAGUGCAAAUAUCAAGAAGACGCUCAACAUGAAAGGUUUUAAGAAAUCAUCCUCUGCGCCACAGCGUAAGACUACCCAAACCAGACUCCUCAGUUCUUGCCCAGACAACAGCACUGCAGACUUAGCACUCUCUCGUUAUCCAAGCAAGAAAGACAGCUUGCACAAGUCUGAAGGCUCCCCCGGGGCCCAGAGGAAGUGGAUGCCAAGGAGAGGUGCCGUUGGGGAGCCGAGAGAAACCCUGGGAUUGGGGAGGGGCGAAGAGGAAGCCCUCAGCAGCUUGGAAGUGGCCGUUUCUGCUGAGGAGGAGGGUUGUUCUUCUGAAGACUUCUGUUUGACUUUCUUUCAAGACUAGCCUGACAAGAAAAAGCACGUGCACAGA